AUGCCCAAACGGAAAGCUCCUCCCAAACUCUCUGGUCUACUAGGCUCAGACAAUGAGGACAUCAUGCAAGUCGAAGCGACAGAAACACAUGGAAUUUACGAGCCUCCCGCUAAAAAACGAAGAGGCCGACCGCGUACCUCAAACGAGAAUGUGACCGAGACCAAACCUACCAGACUUGCUACUCGAACAAGAAAUCAGAAAGCAGCUGUGUCUGUAGCUGAGCUGGAACCCCCUGCAAACAAAAAGCCCGCCCGUCGAGGACGACCCAGAGGAAGCAGCCGUGCAGCGCAAGACGCUGAAACGCUUGUGCAGGAAACCGAGGCGGAGGCUAUAGUACCAGAACAGGAAGAUGCAGACAACCAGGAGAAUGAAAAACCACUUGCCUCAAGGAAUACAAAGAAGCAGCCGCCCAAGGCUGCCCCAGCACGCGCUCGAGGACGACCUCGUGCGGUCAGCAUACAGCUCCAAACAGAUGGUGAAUUUGAGUUUACCCCGAGCGGUUCUCGACACGUUAGUUUCCAGGUAACUCACCCAGAGCAAGACGAGCUGAGCCCUCUUGCUCGAGCGGCGAGCCAGGGAAGAAAGAAACCUGAAGUCGAAGAUUCUCAACAGUACGAGCAACCCGCAGCGGAGCUCGUAGAUGAGACUAUCAUUCACGACGAACCAGCCUAUAACCGCAAGUCGAUAUCCCCCGUGAAGAACCCUCGCUCUCGGUUAUCUAUGUUACCCAACCCACAGGAUUCUUCUCCUCGUAAACGCAAGCUUGGAGGCACUGACUCCGAGCAGGGUGGAGACCCGGAGCUGAGGCGGAGGCUGGGCGAACUGACCAAGAAGAAUGAUGCCUUGGAGAGUAAAUACCGCAAUUUGCGAGAAAUUGGGAUCGUCGAAGCCAACGCCAACAUGGAGAAACUGCGAAAGCAGAGUGAGACUGUUACUAAAGCAUCGAAUGAAUUAGUCGCUUCACUCAAGGCCGAACUGGAUGCUCAGCGAAAGCUAGGACUGCAAAGCCGUGGACUCCAGAAACAACUCAAAGACCGUGAUGAUGAAUUGGCUCGACUUAAAUCUGGCGCUGAUGAGGCCCAAGCACAGCUUGCGUCUGUCCAGUCUGAAGUCAAAGCCUUACAGACCAAGCUCGCUGCGGCGCGAAACACAGCUGCUAGUCUCGAGGGGGCUGCAAAGGUCCCCGGCAAUGCCAUCAAGGGCGGUGCGACCAACCGUGCUAAUGCAGCUGCAACCGCCGAAGCUGCACAGGCUUCCAGGCUCGCCCAACUAAAAGAAGAUCUAUACAGCGACUUGACAGGAUUGAUCGUUCGCGAUGUCAAGAACAGAGAGUUAGAUUACCUAUACGAUUGUAUCCAGACUGGAAUCAACGGAACUCUUCACUUCCAUCUUGUUGUGCCAAAGGUGUCGGCUGAUUACGACAAGACUGAAUUCCAAUACCUGCCUCAUUUGGACCCUAACCGCGACCGCGAGCUGGUCAACUUGCUACCAGACUUCUUGACCGUGGACAUCACCUUCGUCCGCGGACAAGCAGCCAAGUUUUAUACGCGAGUCAUUGAUGCCCUAGCGAAGCGGCGGUCUCUUGCAGCGCAAUAG